AUGAAAGUAUCUCUCUCCACAGGCUUCGUCAGUAGUGCACUGCUUGUAUGCGCUGCUUUCACCCUAGUUUUCGGGUCACUCGAUCCUGACACGCGUGGCGUCCUCGAGGACCAGGGCCACGCCACCAGGCGACUGUCAAGUAGUAGCACGCCCACUGCGAGUCACUCCGAUGAACAAAGGGGGUUGUUUACAAGCAAGACAACGAAGCUCGCGAACCUGCUCGGGUCUCGUGAUGACGCUGCAACUGCUUUCCACGUCUUGAAACUAGACCAAAUGCUGCCAGUCACUGAAAGUGGCGUUCUCCACGAGGAAUUAGCGGCUAAGUUCAUGUCGAGUCCUGAGUUGCAGGUGUGGUAUCAGCACGUGACAGAAAUCGAAGAGAAGAACAAGAGGUUUGCGGCGUUCAAUUUCCUGCGGGAAGCGCUUGGUGGCGAAGCGUUUGCCAGGAUGAUCCAGCUCAAGUCGAAGGAACGAUUCGACUGGUGGAGCGCUUCCCUUCGUUUGGCCCGCGAUUUGGAAAAAACGCAGUUUGAUAACUGGUUCACAAAGGAACACGUGUCCCAUAACGCCGUGGAGCAGCCCGAGAAAACGGUCGCUGCGAUUGCAAAACGGUACGCUCAGUACGUUCGCGACCAUCGGAGUAAGGAAGGCCGGUAUUUGCCUGAAUAA